AGGAAGGAGCACAAGGACAAGGGGGAAAUGUGGGAGCCGAUGCUGCAUACUGCCCCUGCCCCACGAGAGACGCGAGGAAGCACCACCAAGGGGUCGCAGCGCCAGCUGCUCAUGGAUCGUCAGCACCCGCGCCCCAGUAUUCUGCAGGAAGCGGAGUCUAUACCGGAGGAGUUGGACACGCCAUUUCCAGCUAUGGACGAUGAUGAUGGACAUGAUCCAUCUCCUGGCUGCAUUAGUUGCGCCAUUAUUUAA